UGAGUGAGUGAGUGAGUGAGUGCACAGCACACUGACUUCUCUCAGUCUUUCACAAUCAGAGAUGAUGGUAAAGCUGUGGAUCUGUCUCCUGGUGCAGUUAUCCACGCUGGAUACAAUAGGUGGAUAUUACUAUGAGCUGAGAACGCAGUGCAUUCACAGCUCCAGAGAUUUAAGUGAUAUGGUUUUUUUGCAUAUUCGAAUUUUCAACAAGAUUAGGUACUGGUGGUUUAACAGUACAGUCGGCAAGUUUCAGGGCUACACUCAGUAUGGCAUGUAUAAUGCAGAGAGCUUUAACAAUGACACAGCCACCUUAGAAAUGGCGCGAGCUGCUUUGAAUGACAUCUGUAAGUACAAUAUACGGAACUUCUACCCAACUACAGAUUGUCCGUCAGUUGAGCCGGAGGUUGAAGUGAAGUCAGUGAAGCAGUCAGACGGCUCAUAUCCUGCUAUGUUGAUGUGCAGCGCUUACAGCUUUUAUCCUCCACACAUUAAAGUGACCUGGCUGAGAAACGGACAAGUAAUUAAGGGAGGUGUGACGUCCACAGAGGAGAUGGCUGAUGGAGACUGGUACUAUCAGGUCCACUCAUAUCUGGAGUACAUGCCUGAGUCUGGAGAGGAGAUCUCCUGUGUGGUGGAACACGCCAGCUUCAAAAAGCCCAUGAGCUAUAAGUGGGACCCCUCUCCUCCUGCGUCUGAUAAGAGUAAGAUCGCUAUCGGGGCUUCAGGUCUGGUGUUGGGGAUCGUGCUCUCAGCUGCUGGGUUUAUCUACUACAAGAAGAAAUCAUCAGGACCUUACUGAGGUGAAGAUCUUCCAUCAAGAGUUUAAUGUGUGAAAAUCAAAACCAGUAAAUAGUACAGUAGUAACAGCACUUAUUUUUUAAAUUCAUCAAAUCAAAUAAUGGCUUACAAGUCAUGUUCUUUCAUUAAUUUUUGUCAUAAUUAAACUUGACCAAACAAUCACCUACACUUUGUUUCUUCAUUAGUACAAUAGAAGUUAUGUAUUUCCUGGGUUUCUGGGUCUAUAACUCACAUGCAACUUUAUAGAUAGGUAAUUUUUUUAAUUUUUUUUAUAUACAGUAGCACUUUUAACAUUGGUCAUUGUCUCAAAGCAUUUUUACAAAAUUAAAAGAAAAUUAUGAAAAUGUGUAUGAGAUGUGAGAAAAAUGUGUAUAAAUCAUAGCUACAUAAAUCUGAAUCAUUUCAUUCUUUUAACAUUUAUUAAAUUCUACACAGGACAACAGUCAAAACAUAAUACCUUUGGCAGUUGAUUAGGUACACGGCAGUAUAAUUAAACUGACACUUGUGGUAUGUUGCAAAAAUGUCUACAAUCAGGUACUUAAGUGCAUUAGAAGUUUAUAAAGAAGAGUGUAUAAGUCAAAGGAAACACACCACUAGCACACACACACACACACACUCAGUACAUUUACAGUACAUUGCAAAAGUCUUGACCCCUCUCAUUGCUUCAUGAUUUGCUUUUUUUGUAUUUUUAAUGAAACCUUGAGGAAUAGUUCUCUAAGCUUACUCAAGGAUUUUUUUGGGGUAUCAUUUUUGCAAGAUUUUGCCUCUCAACUCCAGUCACUGUACCUUGAAAGUUUCAGAGGAACGUUUUAAUUGGUUAGCCACACAGUGUCCUAUGUAUUAUCCUAUGAUAAAGACAUCUAACUUAAGACAUGAACUAUUGAGAAACAGGUGCAGAUGAUGACAGAGGAUCAGGCCGGUGAUUAGUAUACAGGUAGUCCCCGACUUACGGACAAGUUCCGUUCUGGGAGCAUGUUUGUAAGUUGGAUUUGUUCUUAAGUCCAACAAAGUGAGUCUUUGACAUGAAUAUACAAUGUAAAGCAUACCAAUCCACUUGAGUAAGUCUCUGUGCCCCUCCCCACACUGCCAUCUGGUGGCCAAAACCCAUAAAUGCGUCUAAAGACAUUAAUCUCCACGAGAAAUGUAACAGUGUUCCACAUUUUUAAAUCGCAAGGGGAAUCCCGGGCACCCGGGUCUUUCACUGCAUGGAUUUUGAACUCUUUUAUGUUGAUAAUUUUCUGAAAUUUGGAUUAUUCAUCCUCAGGACACCUAUUUUCUAUCAUCGUGCUCCCGGACUGAUUUUUUGAAACUAGUGCGGUGACUUGUGGCCUUCACAUGCAUAUGAAUUUGAGUAACAUCCAAUUCUUAUGCUAUAGAAUUUUCAUAUGAUGUUAGCCCCACCCCCAGAAGUCACAAGAUUUAUUUUAAAUAUAGGAAUUUUUUACCAUUUUCCCAGAAACGCAUUUGUGAGGUUAGACACUAAUGUUGGACGAGAAGGACUGGCUCGCAGUCUUCGAGCCCAACUCCUGAAAAACAACCACACACUAAUUCCAACAUGACUGCGCACCUAUGCACAAAACAAGAACCAUAAAGACAUGGAUGAGCAAGUUGAGUGUGGAAGAACAUGACUGACUUGCACAGAGUCGUGACCUCAACUCGACAGAACACCAUUGGGAUGAAUAAGGGCAGAGACUACAAAUGUUUGUAAGUCUGGGGACUACCUGUACUGCUAAUGCUGACUCCUGAGUGAUUGGAACAGACAAGAGGGGAAAUGAGGUUACUGCUGAGGUUGUCACAUAAACAACUGAUUUUUACAUUGUAUCUUUCGGCACUUUGCAGCCUGUUGCAUUAAAAAAAAAAACAUUCUUUUGAUUUAAUUUACAUCAUUUAAUUUUAUUUUAUAUGAAAAAAUGUAGAGAGGGGAUCAAGAUUUUUUUUUUUUGCACAGGUUUGUAUUUUUAAUGCAAUUGCGGUUCUGUGUAAAUGUCCUUCUUUUUUAACCAGAAAAAAUAAACAGGUUCAUUCAUCAAACUCAAAUGCUUUUUUUAUUAUUAUUUCACAGUCCGCUAGAAUGGGGAUACAUUAAGCUGUUUAAAUCUUAAACUUAAUAUUCAUUGCAUUUUGAUUAAACAGACCUGUGAUCAUUUAAAUCUGAAAUUUUGCAAGAACUGUGAUAAAUGCACUAUGUACAUUAUUUGUGUGUGUCUUCAUGCGAUGCUACCCUGAUUAGGGUAUAAACAUCUUAUUAGACACUUCUUUGUCUUGAAAUCCAGCUAUGAGAAAAGAGUCAAAUGAGCACAGUGGCAUGGUUUU